GCCGUGCCUCGCGCGUCAUAAAAACCACGUGACUGCACACGACCUAUUGUGUGAGUUUUUGGUGGGACUUCUUGUGUUUGAAACACCCUAACUUUUGUGUGUAGAAAUACUUUACUACCCAUAUUAAAGGCUUUGGCUUGGUGGGUAAGUUAGUGUGUGACUCAGCUUGCUUGUGGUUAAUACAGUUGCAUAACAGCACUCAAGGAACAUCGCAGUCUUCCAAGAAAGUGCUUUAAGUUUGUAGAUUCUCAGUUCUGACAGGGUCAUUAUGUUUUGGUUGAAUAAUUAAAAUGUGGUCAGAUUUGGAUUUCAGAUCAAGGCCGAGACGAGGUCAGAAAUGAUGGAGAGUGGGAAAGAUGAAGAGAACAACAGGAAGGGUGAAUUUGUUUUGGUGUGAGGGUCAAGUAGAAGACAUGAUCAGAAUUGUGUUGUUGACAUCAAAUGUUUUCAUUUUAUUUAACAAUUUGAUAAUUAAUUUAGCAUGCUCAAACUUAUAUCUAACUACUCAUAGUGCACUAUUUUCUUGUUCACUAGAUCAACCUGCCGAUGUGACCCUGACAUCCUAUUUUCUUUGCAAAAUCAACCAUAGAGAUUAAAGUGAAUUGAAGUGGUUUUGAUGACUGAAUUAGAAAUCAAAUCAGUUUUUUUUAUUUGUGGUUGACCGAAAGAGGUGAAAUGCUGGUAUCAUUAGUACAGCUUCCUAAUCCUCUGUGACGAUUGAUAGCAGGAUUUAAGCUAAAGUCAAGUCAUUUGCCUGGUUGUAGAGAUUUUGAUUCUGUGAUUGUCACCCACAUCUUUUUUCGUGUGAGGAAACCCAGGAUUAUUCACCGCUAUCAUCCUCCUACUUGUUCACGGUGAUGAGAGGAGCAGCUUGAGGCGUUGUAAAACUUCAGCUGCAAUGGUCUGUCUUUAAGUGAGAAACAUUAAAUGAUGUGGGUAUUGUCUUUUGACACUUUCGCAUGUGCAUCAUGAUCUGUUCUUCGCUGACAGGGGACCAGAUCACACUCGAGAUUUAUAAUCCUUUUGUUGCACAUAAUAUUUGCGUUCUUGUGCAUGUCUGAAUAAAGUCGAGCGUUUAAACUUCAUUUCCUCUUUAAAAGUGUCUAGACACUGUGUUGCAGCAAUUGAAGACCUGCUUGAGAACCUGAUGUGAAGCUUCCUUCCGAUGGGUGCAUAGACCAUGCACUCAAUUCACAAUUCGGAGCAAGCUGUUUGUCUCUUUUUUUUCUCAGAUAUUAUGCACAUAAUAAACAUAUUUUUUUUAAACAAGGGCCGGGCAGUUUAUUCAUACUUGAAUAUUUGGCCUAAUUUUGCAUGCCAAAAGAGUCACGGUGAGGAUUGUACUGGAAACUUGUUUGCACCAACCUAUAGGAGGCUAAAGAACGCAACCGUGCAUGUUUGAUGUUUGAAGUGGAAUUGAAGUAGCUCUGUUUGGUAUAUACCGAUGUGUUAUAACUUUCCUGGCUACCUUCCUAAAACUCCACCGCAUGCUUGCACUAUAAGUUAUGACCCCCUAUGCACCCAUCAUGUGGUCACAUAGCCUGCGCUCUCCAGUUCUCAGAAAGUUUCAAAGCGCACAGGAAGAAAGGUGGAGGUGUGUGCACAUGGCUGUAUUGUGUGGGUUUGUGUUUACCUGUGUGUAGGUGUUUGUUGAUGUGCAUAUGGUUUUAUUUUUGUUGGUGGGUUUGGUAGUGUAAACUGUUGUUGUAUGACAGCUGUUCGAUAUGGACGAUCUGCAGUAUAAUUAUGUCACAGGUUGCCAUGCUUCAUUGUUUUACACAGGUCUGUAUUCAUAUUCAAAUUGUAAUGGUGUUUAUGCAAUCAAAGUUAUUUUUAUUAAGGAAACACAUCUUUAAAGAUCUUAUCUUUGUUCUAUAAAUGUAACAUGAACCUGAAACAUACAUUACCCACUUCCUCUUUUUGACUGUACAUUUGAGAAACUGGUCUAACGGUUUCGUCACGUCCUCAAUUAAAUGACACCCCACCCUCAAAUGCACAUCACUAAAUACUUAUACACAUGAUAGUCAUGUUUUGAACAGUGCAUACAUUCCUAAUAUAACCCACUAUACACAUGCAUGUCCAAUAACAUUUUCUAUUACGAUGAGAUAAAACGAAAUUCUUUUCAUCUAGACAUUCUCAUGCACCUUUAGGAAUCGGAACAGACCAUGAUUACUAGACUAGAUUACUAGAGGAUUUUCCAAAGACUGCUUGGUUUUAAAGAUUUGCUUUCACCUGACUGCAACCACUGGGGUUUGCACCUGUGCAGCACUCAGGCAGUGAAAGGCCAUCAUAUUGUCAUGUCUAACUCUCAAGCAAAGAAUGAAAAUCCGUGCUGACUCACUUAUCUGUGAAUUACACAGACGAGUCGGCUGGACUUAGUAGAAAUAAUUUAAGAUGUAGAUGAAUGCGAGUUAUGUGAAUGUCUUGACAUGCAGCUCUGUAACCAGACUGUGAUUAUCUCUGUGGUCACAAGGCUUGAAACGAUCAUGUAAUGGAUGUCAUGUCAGUGCGGUCAUUGUCAGUGCUGUACAAUGAAGUAUUAUUGAAGUGCAGUGCGCAUUUAAUGGAAACAUUUGUUCAGUUCACACGAGCAAGCAGGCUUAGCACACGCAUACACAUAAGAGACGUUCACAGAUACUCAGGAAGUCGAGGCUGGUGCCGUUGAGAGUAGAGCGGAUAAACAGAGCUAUUUUUCCUGUUUGUGGCUGCUGUUGUCUUGUUUUUGACCGUGCUGACUCACCAUGUAAGGUGGGGUCUGUUUUCACCUUAAUGGGGUUAACAGCAUCACUGUUGUAAGGGUGCGCAGGAGCCAUUGAUUGUGGAUUCCUUGAGUGCUCGCACACAAAUGCACAGUCAGAUCACUCGCACUGAAACUUGUGGUCUCAUUUUGGUUCUUGAGUGUGUAACGGUUCCCAUUGUCGGUUGAAAGUGUCCCGUUUGUAGAGUGAGUAUUAUACAGAAGAAACGCACAUGAAUAGGUUGGGUAGUUGUUUGUUUCAGUGCUGUGGGGUUAUAUAUUUUAUUAUUGCUCACGUCGCUUUGUCACAGAAUUUGUCCAGUGCUAUUUGUGGCUUGAAGGGAUACCCCAAAAUAAAAAAAUCUAUAAUUUAUUCACCCUCAUGUGGUUCAAAACAUGUAUAUGACACUUCUGUGGAACACAAAAGAAGAUUUUUUGAGAAAUGACUGAUACAAUGGAAGUCAAUGAGGGCCAUGUUGGUUGGUUGCCAACAAUCUUUAAAAUAUCUUUGUGCUCUGCAUAAAAAGUCGAACAGGUUUUAAAUGACAUGAUGGUAAGUAAAUGAUUCUAGAAUAUUCCUUUCUGGGCGAAGAAAGAAAGAAUGCUGUUAAUUUAAUAAUUUUGUUUAUAAUUUCCCCCCAAACUGUUCAAAUUUAGCAAUAUAGGUUACUUUUGUUUAGCUGGAGAAAUCGGUGGCAAGUGGCAAUUUAAAAAAAGUGUUUCAGAUUGGCAAAAUUCUGUCUAUAUCAUCAAAUCUCAACUUGUUGUAUGAUAUAGGUAAGAAUAUGAGAAUGUGUGAGAACAUGUGCAAUAUUUGUGUGUGUUUACUCAGCUUUAUGUGGUUUAAAUUGAAGUUGCUCACAUACGCUUACACAGAGAAGCGAAACGGUUGUGGCUUGAUGUGUGUAUCUGAUUAGUAGUAAGAUUCUAGAUCUCAACACCUUAACCAGGCUGCAGUUUCAGUUUUCUUUCCCUCUCUCUCUCUCUCUCUCGCUCUCGCGCUCUCUCACACACACACACGCUUAAAGGAUGUGUGACACCUGAUUUGUAGAGAAGAAGUUUAAACUAGAUGACUGUUACUACUGCAUUGACUGGACUGGCUAAGGCUGUUACUUCGAUGUGCGGUAUCAUACAGGUUCUUCAGUAGUGUCUGGCUGCAGGGUGCUGAUUUGAAUCCGUUGAUAAUGACUGCAAGAUCAGAGCGCUGAAGCCGGCGGCGCGGAGACGCCGUCAAAACGCAGACAGAGAGGAGGCAGCUUUUGUGUCUGAUACAGCAGAGAUUGCAGAAGAGUUGCCGCCGUUCCUUUGCAAAUGAAAUGAGGCGCUGUUGAGACUGACACACAGAUCUGAAGCAAAGAGAAUUGGAUUCAGAAGCUGUGUGUAGGUGUACAGCAAGACACACUUCAUGUGAGAACUUUGAGAGCAAAUUGGAAAUCUGCUUUUCUUUUUUACGCCACAGCAAAGCCAUGGAGGCUCAACUUGGGCUAGGCUAACUGUUUUGGGGUCUGUCCCCAUUCCGCUCUUUUCCGUUUGCCUUUCCCCCCUCUAGUUUGUCUUGCCCUCCUCUCAUUAGCUGGGGAGGAGGGGUACGUUGCUCCCUGUAUCUCCUUGACAGGAAAUAGUGGCUUGUGUGAAACUUCAAGAGAAAAACACUCCGAUUGAACAUUUUUAAAGGCAGCCACUCGAGCAAACUGCUGCCGAUGAAAUCGGCAAGCCUGACACUUAAAGAGGCGGUGUCUGGCCCAGAGACAAUGUCUCAGGAGGAGGCACAAAUGACCCAACCCUCUCAAACCUACUUCCACAACACCUCGACUCCUGAUGCCGAGCUUUCAGCCAAACUUAACAAACGAGACGUUGCGGCCAAACUCUUUUCGGUGGUCAUCGACAACACGAUGGCCGUUAGACCCGACCCACAGAUGCCCUCUGAGAUAAAUCCUCACCCCGCCCAGACUCAACAGUUUUACAGGGAAAACUCUGCCACGUCUGCAAUGAAGGGGGCGCCGCGGAGCAGAAAUGGGGGGACAUCGGAAGAUUCCGAAGGUGAAGAUGGAGCAGGGGUGGAGGGCGAGAUUAAACCAGGGCAGAUCAUCGUGGAGGUCAACCUGAAUAAUCAGACCUUACACGUGUCCAAGGGAGACGACGUGGAGAGUCCUAGCGCUGCGGGAGAUUAUAAAAGCAACAGUGAGGAGGACGGAGAAGAAGAGGAGGAGGAAGACACAGAGGAAGAUGAUAGUGUAGAUGACUACGACAGUGCAGAGGAGUCUCUGGAUGAGGAGGAUGAAGACGAGGAAGAGGAGAACAACAGUUGCCAAACAAGAGCACAACGGGCAAACAGGGGUCGAGCGGCUGCUUCGCUGCGACGCAAAAGCCGGCGUGUAACCGCACCAUUGAAAGGAGGUGCAGCUACAGCGACCACCGGCAUGACAACGAGGGGGCGGAGGAAAACAACUAAGGCCCCGCCCCAAAAGCGUAGAUCUGCCAAGAAAGUAAAGGUCUCAGCCUCCUCUGCCUCAGGAGCAACGGGAGGGCCCAAGGGAGAAGGCGAGGAGAAAGAGACGCUAGCAUGUGAAAAAUGUCCGCGUGUAUUUACUUCUCGCUGGUACCUGGAGAAACACAUGAAUGUCACGCACAGACGCAUGCAGAUCUGCGACAAGUGCGGGAAGAAGUUUGUGCUGGAAAGUGAACUUGCCCUGCAUCAGCAGACAGACUGUGAGAAGAACAUUCAGUGUGUGUCAUGUAACAAGUCUUUUAAGAAGCUGUGGUCCCUCCAUGAGCACAUUAAGAUUGUUCAUGGCUUUGCCGAGAAGAAAUUUGCCUGUGAGAUUUGUGAGAAGAAAUUCUACACCAUGGCCCAUGUCCGCAAGCACAUGGUCGCUCACACAAAGGACAUGCCAUUUACCUGUGAAACCUGUGGAAAGUCUUUCAAGCGCAGCAUGUCCCUGAAAGUGCAUUCACUCCAGCAUUCAGGAGAAAAGCCCUUCCGUUGUGAGAACUGCGAUGAGAGGUUCCAGUAUAAAUACCAGCUGCGGUCUCAUAUGAGCAUUCACAUAGGACACAAGCAGUUUAUGUGCCAAUGGUGCGGCAAAGACUUCAACAUGAAACAGUAUUUUGAUGAGCACAUGAAGACGCACACAGGUGAGAAGCCAUUCAUCUGUGAAAUCUGCGGCAAGAGUUUCACCAGUCGUCCCAACAUGAAGCGUCAUCGGCGCACACACACAGGAGAAAAGCCGUACCCUUGCGAUAUCUGCGGCCAGCGCUUUCGCUUUUCCAACAUGCUCAAGGCUCACAAAGAGAAGUGCUUUCGGGUCACAAGCCCGGUGAGCCUUCAGCCUGCCACCAUGGCGCUUCCAAUUCACCUCACAGGCCACACGCCCUCGUCAUCAGGCCACACCCCCAGCCCGACCCAACCCACUCAGUUGAUGUCCUCCAUUGUAGGUCUUGGAAUGAUCAGUCCUGCCACUGGGCUCCUGCCACAAAGGGCGGUCACCACACAUGGCUUAUCUCAUUUGCACAUGCAGGCUGCACCCGCACAGCAUCACACUGCGCACAGUCACAUGCCGGUCCAUCAGACAGGACACGUCCCCAUGACAAGCCACACCCCUCAGCAGGUUUCAGUGCAGUCUUCUGUCCUGCCCCCUCCUCCUGCUCUUUUUAAGAGCGAGCCAAUAAACCAUUGCGCACAUGAGGACGUGUACCUGCGACAGGGCACCGCUCAACAGCAUCACUAACACAUAUUCACUAAUGCAGCUCAUAUCAGGUGCUCAUUGGAGCAGACAGACAUAAUUCUGCAUUACACACUUGUCUUAUUCACACAAGAAGAAACGGGAGGGAACUCUUGGUGGAUUGUGUUAUGUGUUUGAGGAAUAUGUAAAACUGAUGACUCAUGACCAAACUGGAUUGUGAGAUGACUGAACUCGAAUUAACUCCAAAAUUACAAACGCAUCAAGUUCCCGACGCAUCACGAUGAUCAAAAAGUUGUCAUUUAAUUUUAAAUGGCACAAACAUGUUUUUCUGUCUCUUAUCAACUCAGCUGCUGUUGCAAAGGUUCUACGGGUUCAAACAUUUACAGGUCAAAGGUCUACAUUUCAAAAUCACCAAUUAAAAUAAUUUUACAAAAUGCUGUAUAACCUCUUUGGAAAUGCAGGUCUUCCCGAUCACACAAAACACUCUAUGAAAUGAAAUACUGACACACACACAUGCAUUAUCAUACAAACAUAGUAUGCAGCACUUAAACUCAGUGCAGUCAGUUUGACUGAAACUUUUCUGUCGCCUGAUUGUGGUUGUUGUUGACAAUUUUAUUCCAAUAUUGGAGUUUCUUUCUUUUUAUGAAAAUGUGCUGACUGGACAAUGCCUGUAGCUCUCUGGCGUGUUCAGUCGGAGGUUGAGACUGUUAAGAAAGACCAAUGCUGUGAUGUGUUAUUGGAGGACUGCAACUAAAGCGGAAAACCAUGAUUCAUUAUUUUACUGUAUGUGCUAUAUAUGAUCUAACUCACUUAACCAAUAUUUUUAUUUGUAUAAUGUAGAUAAACUUGCUCUGUGAGAAUUUUUAAGAGGAAAUGGGAUUUGUAUGUGUGAUGUGAUGUGUGUGUUUGCGACAGUGUGUGAUGGGUUGGAAGAAUGGAAAAGGUUUGUUUCUAAUGUAUUCAAACAGAAUGUAGGGCAGGACUGUUUGUGUGUGCGUGCGCGUGCGUGUGUAUCUCUUUGUGGUGCUGGUAUCAAAAGCAGCUUUUUAGUUGCUCUGUUUUUCUGGUACAUGAUACUUUAUCAUGCAGAUUGUUAGUGUGAGUGUAAAAAUUGUUUGGUUAGGUGUAACAGUAAAUAGCGGCACAGAGAAAGCAAUUGGUCAAUCAGACUAUCGAUUGUGUGAUUUUGUUCAUUCUCAUAGACUGUCUUCUGCACUUUACUGCCAAGUUAAAGGUUGACAAAAGGAACUGACAAAGAAUUAUCACGUUCAGUGUGUGAAAGGUGGAAAAUGGGGAGAAUCAGACACUGAUAGAGUUGGAUCACUUGUUACGUCACAAAAUGUAAGACGUCUUUCGGCCCAUUGAUACCUAUGGAGUAUUAACAUUGGUUAAGGUGGCUGUCAAUCAUUUUUAGGCAUUGCAUUACAUGUGUCUGUUUCUCUCCUUUCUCCAUCAAUGGAUGGAAUGCACUUUCUAAUAAAAUCUCGCUAAAUAGUUCAAAUACGCAGACCAUAAUCAUGUUUAUUCUUGUGAGAUGUUUUAAAAACAAAUGGACCGUCUUCUCUCAUCUAGUCUGUUUCAGUGUCUCUACCCACUCGACUUAAGCAUUGUUUUGUUAGCAUUGUGUCUGGUACAAAAACGUCUGACCUUUACUUUGUUAUAUUUUGUUUUUCUGUUUUUGAGAGAUCAUGAUGGAUUUGCAUUAAUGUUGAACCUUUUAUAUAAUGUUCAUUUAACACACUUUCUGCUAACCUUAAAGAAGUAAAAAAGAAAUAU